AUGGACCAUGUUUGCAAUCAGUUGGAAGCAUUUUGGAAAGCAGAAGUUCUCCCUUGUAUGAUGGCAGACUCAAACUUGAAUGUUGCUAACACAGUAACUGGGGACAAUCUAGAUACAAACAAAGAAACUGCACCUAGAGUUACAAACAACAAUGGGCAUUCAGUUUCCCCUAUGGUAACCCAAUUACCUUGCAAUGAACCUUGCAAUAUGCAAGUUAUGGAUUGUGAUGGGAACAAUUCCACUACAACAACAUCAUUCAAAUUUCACGGUAUUGAAGUGUAUGAGCAAGAUAUUACAACCCUCGAGCCAGGAAUGAUGCUUAAUGACACAGUUGUAACUGUCUUAUUUGAAGAACUUGCUUGUCCAUUCCCAGUCAUCGAUUCUCUUUUUUAUUCUGUUCUUUGUGGGGAACAAGAUGUAAGAAAAGCAACAAGCAGGUCUGAACGAAUCCUAUCAGCCCAACCAUUUUUCAAGGCAGAUAUUUUGAAAAAUGACUACAUAGUAAUUCCAAUCAACAGGAGGCUACACUGGUUACUAGCCAUCAUAACCCCAUGGCAUGUGCUUUUUUUGGACUCUUUAUCCUGGGAAAUUUCUAGCAAAAGAGCUGAAAUGAAGUAUUUAAUCAGUUAUUUAGAUCAUAUGUCUAAUAUAUCAGGGAAUCCCAAUAGAUGCACAAGUUUGAAAUGCCAUGUUCUAAAGGUUCCAAGGCAGGAUCCUCAUACUAACAACUGUGGGAUUUACAUAGCAAUGUUUCUCAGUAGCUUUGAAAAGGACAUUGAAAAAUAUGAGGAAAAUCCUGAUGAGUAUGUCAAAUUGACUCAUUGUUGGUUCACAGAAGAUGAAGCUGAAGAAAAUAGAACCAGGAUUAGAAACCAACUUACAGGACUGAGUUUAUUGGCAAAACAUAGAAAAUAAUUUACAGCUCAAGUCUACAGUAUUCUUCCUCCUUGUUUAUACAACUGGGCUGCAAAUUUACUAAUGCAGCACAAACAGCAAUUAUUGAGUUUACAUGAGGCUUCAUUGUU